CUUUAAAUCCAUAAAAACAAAAAAACAAAUAAAAUGGCGACUUCUAAAACUAUAACCUUCACUCUCUUCAUCACAACAACACUACUUGCGUUCUGCAACGCAUCCGCAAACGCCAAAACGCAACCGCUUUUCCCAGCGAUUCUAAUCUUUGGCGAUUCAACCGUCGACACAGGCAACAAUAACUACCCUUCACAAACAAUCUUUAGAGCUAAACAUGUUCCUUACGGUAUUGAUCUCCCAAGCCACUCACCUAACGGAAGAUUCUCAAACGGAAAAAUUUUCUCGGACAUAAUCGCAACCAAACUCAACAUCAAACAGUUUGUUCCUCCCUUCUUACAACCAAAUCUCACCGACCAAGAAAUUGUAACCGGAGUCUGUUUUGCAUCAGCAGGUGCUGGUUACGAUGACCAAACCAGUCUCACGACACAAGCGAUUCGUGUCUCGGAACAACCAAAUAUGUUCAAGAGUUACAUUGCUCGCCUUAAGAGUAUCGUAGGUGACAAGAAAGCCAUGAAGAUCAUAAACAAUGCUUUGGUGGUUGUGAGUGCAGGGCCUAAUGAUUUCAUCUUGAAUUAUUACGAUGUUCCCUCAUGGCGUCGCGUGUAUCCUAGCAUUUCUGAUUACCAAGACUUUGUGCUUAAUAGGCUUAACAAUUUCGUGCGAGAACUUUACAGUCUAGGUUGCCGGAAAAUUCUGGUCGGAGGUUUACCGCCAAUGGGAUGUUUACCGAUUCAAAUGACUGCUCAAUUCCGCAACGUCCUAAGGUUUUGCUUGGAACAAGAGAACAGAGACUCUGUUUUAUACAAUCAGAAACUUCAGAGGCUCUUAUCUCAGAUCGAAGCAUCUCUUACGGGAAGCAAGAUCCUUUACUCUAAUGUCUAUGACCCUAUGAUGGAGAUGAUCCAAAACCCUAGCAAAUACGGGUUUAAAGAGACGACGAGAGGUUGUUGUGGAACAGGGUUCUUGGAGACGAGCUUCAUGUGUAAUGCUUAUUCUCCCAUGUGUCAGAAUCGCUCGGAGUUUCUGUUCUUUGACUCGAUUCAUCCAUCGGAAGCUACCUAUAAUUACAUUGGCAAUGUUCUGGAUACUAAGAUUCGUGGGUGGCUCAAGGCUUAAGAUAUCACGAUUUGCAAAGAUUGAACAAAAUUUUCUGUUUCAUAAUGCCACUCUUUGUGGACUUUGUUUGUUAAUCAACUAUAUAACUUUGG